AUAAUUCGUCUCAGAUUUGUUACCAGAGUAAGGCAGGAGAGCAACGGUGGUGCGUGGUGCCCUAAACACCAAAUAACCCCUGAGCCCAAGGAAUGGCUUGAAAUCAACUUGCAUACCGUGCAUGUCAUAACUGCCACGGAGACCCAGGGGAGGUUCGGGAACGGCCAGGGUCAGGAAUUCGCCGAGGCAUACGUCCUGGAAUAUUGGAGGCCGAGGCUCGGCAAAUGGAUCAGAUACAGGGAUAUCAAAGGAAAAGAGGUUAUUGGCGGAAAUACGAAUACAUAUCUGGGAGCGAAGAGAGAUCUGGAUCCGCCGAUAUGGGCGAGCAAAAUCAGGUUCUACCCGUUCAGCUAUCACCGUCGCACUGUCUGCAUGAGGGUGGAGAUAUAUGGAUGCUAUUGGAAUGAUGGAAUCGUGAGCUAUUCCAUGCCGCAGGGGGACAAACGGGGAACAGCCUGGGAGUUUUUCGACGCCACCUAUGACGGCCACUGGGACGCCGAGUUGAAGAGAGGCCUUGGACAACUCACCGACGGUAAAAUCGGCCACGAGAACUUCAAAAUGACCUAUUACGAUAACGAAAGAGGACAAGGCUGGGUUGGCUGGAGAAACGACACGAGGGGUGGCCAGCCGGUUGAGAUUAAAUUCGAAUUUGACCGGGUGAGAGAAUUUAACUCGGUUCACAUCUUUUGUAACAACCAGUUCACGAAGGACGUUCAGGUCUUUUCCGAGAUGAAUAUAAUGUUCAGCGUCGGUGGAGUUUACUACUACGGAGAUCCGAUCACGUAUGACUAUAUGGAAGAUCGUAUUUUCGAACAUUCGAGGAACGUCUCUAUCAAACUUCACCGGCGAGUUGGAAAGUUUGUUAAACUUCAGCUUCACUUCGCCGCCAGGUGGAUCAUGAUCAGCGAAGUCACUUUCGACUCAGAUAUCGCUCACGGUAACUUCACACCGGAAAUGCCGCCUAACCCCGAUCUUCCCGUACAGAGUGACGUUUUCGUCGAUAAGGAACAAAACAGACCGCAAUCUGAAAUUCCAGUUGCAAAGCAGGACGACCAUACGUACAUGGCAGUGAUAAUCGGCAUCCUAAUGGCGGUGAUAAUCCUCCUCGCCGUCUGCAUCUUCCUCAUCGUAUCGAGACACCGGCAAAGGAAGUGUUUCGCUUCCCCUUUGGCGGCUAAGACGGCCUUGGGCACCGGUGGCCUGUCUUCGGGUUCUUCCUGCGGCACGGCAGAAAAGGCGUACAGCUCCAAGGGUACUUUGCCGAUGGCUUCGGGCGGCGCUGACACAGCUCUCCUCAUGGACAUAAAAGCGGACGAGUACCAAGAACCCUAUCAAGCUCUGAAGUACGCCCCGUACUACAGUUACAGCACUGUCGUCAUGGAAAUGAAGGAUGCGUUGAAUAAACAACCUCACCCCUCUGAUACAUCAUAUGAUUAUGCGGUUCCUGAUGUCAAUGCUGGUACUUUGCCACUGUUACCUUCUGACACCCCCCCGAUCCCCGUGGUUCAGGAUAAGGAUUCGCUCUAUCUCAGGGGAACAACACGUUCAAAAGAAGAGAAAAACAAAAAGGCCGCCAGUCAACAGGAAGUUCUCACAGCUCUGAAGAGAAGGCUCGAACAGACGACCGUACCCGAAUUCCCAAGACAUAGAUUGCGCAUGAUUACUCAAUUAGGAGAAGGAGCUUUUGGAACGGUAUACGUCGCAGAAGCCGACGGCAUCCCAGAAUACGGUUUGAAUGCUAGCCUCGGAAAAAGAUUGGUCGCAGUCAAGUUCCUUCUUCAAAAUGCCAGUGAAAAAGAAAAGGCUGAUUUUCAUCGAGAUGUGAGGAUCCUUGGUGCUCUUGAGGAUAUAAACAUAGCCCGCGUUCUUGGUGUAUGCAGUCGUGAUGAACAACUGUGCGUUGUAAUGGAAUACAUGGACCAUGGUGACUUAACACAAUUCCUCAAAACUCAUGUCCCUGCUGAUUCUUCCAGACCACUGCCUCUAGGCGUUAAGACUUUAAGUUUCAACUGCCUUUUGUACAUGGCUACGCAAAUUGCAUCUGGCAUGCGGUACCUCGAGUCGCUGAAUUUUGUACACAGAGACCUAGCUACAAGAAAUUGCCUGGUUGGUAAGGGUUAUCAAAUUAAAAUAUCUGACUUUGGAACAGACAACGAAGCUUAUGCAUUAGAUUACUAUAAAGUCAAUGGUACGAUGGCUCUUCCAGUUCGCUGGAUGGCAUGGGAAUCUGUAUAUCUUGGAAAAUACACAAUCAAGAGCGAUGUCUGGUCAUUUGGAGUGUGUCUUUGGGAGAUCCUAAACAUGUGUCGAAGGCGUCCAUUCGACUCAAUGACUGAUGCUGAAGUAGUUGAGAACCUCGGUCACUUACAAGAAGAUGAAGCAGGGUUUACACCAUUGCCCAGGCCCCCGCCACCAUGUACCAAAGAUAUAGUAGACCUUAUGGCUGAGUGCUGGAGGCAGUCUGAGCACCAGAGGCCGACGUUCUGUCAAAUACACCUUUUCUUGCAGAGAAAGAACUUGGGUUAUGCGCCGACCACGUGAGAUACACCUUCACCGGUGAAUUGUGCCAUAUACAUGAAACCGAUUUUACCAACCAAAACUUGUGUAUAAGGGAUUAUUUAUAAAACAAUUUGUAUCUACUUUGCACAUUUCAUCACACCAAACGGUUUGCAUCAUGAUUUCCACCUCAAGAUUAUCAAUGACGCAGACCUAUUUUUAUACAUUAUCUUGUAGCCCAUAAACAAACUGACAUCAGAGUAGAUAAUAAUGUAUAUUCGAUGGAGCUUAUUUGUAUUUUUAUCAUGAGCACACCGUAUUAGCACGUAAACUUAAAAAUUUACUUCCAUGUUAACUAAAACACAAGAAUAUAAAUGUACUAUAUCCAAUUGUUGGUGUUUGUGUAUUCUUCAUUUUUAUCUAAUUUUAAGAAAGUGAAUGACCAAAUCGGAUGAUGAAUAAUAUUUUAUAAUCAUGUAAUUAGUUUGUAAAAAUACAAAAAUCAUAGAAUACGUGAGAAAAUUGUAUAUAAAUGAAUAUUAAGAACAUUCUAAUUGAGAUAAAAUGUAAAGUUUAUUUACCGGGAAGAGUUUGAAUGUUAUUUUUACCACUACAUGAUUCCAUUUUAUUUUUGCAUUCACUCUGAUAAAAAAGCCAUAAAAUGCAUAUACAUAUUAUUUAUUUAAUGCUUUAGAAAAUUAUUGUAAAUAUUAUUGACUUGUUUUUAAUAAAAACAUAUCUAAUCAAAUCUAAUGAUGAGACAGGGAACAUGAAUAAAAAUCAUAUUUUAUUAACAAAUUAUAAAAGAAAAUAUGACAAUAAAAUAUAUUUAUGCAGUUCAUAAAUUAUAAAUUGCUAUUUAACAGGAAUUAAUACUUAUUAAUAUUUUAAUUUUAGAGGGUAUCUAGAAUUUAUAGCAUAUUUCAUAUUAAAUAGAGUGUUUGAUUUAAAAAUAGCAUUUUUUUAAAUGAUUCAAUUUUACGUUUUAUUAUUCAUUAGCUGAUAAAAAGCAAUGCAUUGUGGCGACAAUCAUACUGACUGCUAGAAAAUCCUGCAAAAACUCUUUCUCUUCUUGCAUAACUGUAAAUUAAUGACACUGUUUCUAUCGAUAUUUACACAAUUGACCUGGAAACUUAUUCAUUUGCCGAAGAGUUUAAUAUCACCGUACUAAAGUGGAAAUUGAUAUACAGAAAUUUUUAAAUGGAAUAUUUUAGGACAGGUUUAUUAUUAUCAAAUACACUGCAUAAAACUGUAUUUUUCAAAUAAUUGCUAAUGGAGUUUCAUGUAUACGGACCUAAAUAACAUUAAAUUGUAGAAUUAUAAAAAAAUCGAAGCAAAUAACUUUAAAGUAGAGUUUAUUGCUGAAUUUCGUAAACGAUAGGUAAAAUAAAAUUGAUAUAAGGAUUUUGUAUUUGCUUUUUGUAUGGUAAACUAAUAAAACUAUAUAUAGAUUUUAUAUUGUAUGGUUUUUUUUAUAAUUAUGUGAUAUAGCAAGCCAACCUCUGUUUGGUUAUAGUUUCCGUAAGCCUACAUUGUAAAUAAAUUUCAUAACUAACUUAUGAGUUAAUGUAGUACCGACUUUUAGUAAUUUAUUCUGUUUCAAAAGAAAACCAUUGUCUGUAAAGUGAAUUUCUUUUUGUUAUCAAUACUAGUCAUAAUUGAAUAGGUAUUAAUUAUUGUAGAUUGAGUGUUGAGAAACAAAAGGCGUGACUCUACAGUUGUACAUUUUAAUGUUGGGUGUAUAUAGUUUUAGGUAAGUGACAUAUUUGUACUAAAACAAACAGAUAAUAUAUAAAAGUAGUAGAUAUUUCAAUGUAUAUACAUAUAAUCGCCUCGUUGUAAUAAGUAGUUUGGCACGAAAUCACACAAAAAAAGAACUUGUGCACAUUCAACUAGUUAAUUUUUAAUAUUCAUAAUGUACAACUAUUUUCUUAUGAGAAUACAAAAAAUAAAUGAACAUUUAUGACAAUGUUCACUGGGAGGUGCCAUGUUUACUUUCUUGUAAGCAGUUAACCAUAACAAAAAAAAUUAUGUGCACAGUGCACAUUUAAGUUCAAGUAAAGUGUGUUUCUUAACUACCUAAACUACAUAUCAGACUGUAUAGUUUCCUGUUUUAUUAAAAUAGGGCACAAUACUCAUUUAAUUAUAGGAAAAACAUUAAUUUUUUUCCUCUUUGAUUAUUUUAUUAGUAUUUCAAUUUAAAAAAAAAACUUAGUAUAUAAAUUUAAUAUUGUUUUUAAUCAUGUUAGUUUUCAUGAUGGUAUUCUUUGGAAAAAGAACUGAAAUAUCAUACAAGGAUGCCACCUUCAACGAAGCAAUAUAUUAUUGAAUGUAAUACAUAUGAUUUGAAAUAGAUUCUUUUAAGAAUGUUGUGAUACACUCAUUUGUAAUUCUUUUAGCUUUAAUGAUUUAUUUAAAAAUGUAUAUACAACAAAUUUUAUUAGAUAAAAAUUUGACCACAC